UUGGCUAAAGCAAUUUUGCCAGCCAUGCCUCAUAUUGACAACGAUGUGAAACUGGAUUUCAAGGAUGUUCUGUUGAGGCCCAAACGCAGCACCCUCAAGUCUAGAAGCGAGGUGGAUCUCACAAGAUCCUUUUCAUUUCGGAAUUCAAAGCAGAUGUACAGUGGCAUCCCCAUCAUUGCUGCCAAUAUGGAUACUGUGGGCACCUUUGAGAUGGCCAAGGUUCUCUGCAAGUUCUCCCUCUUCACUGCUGUCCAUAAACACUACAGCCUUGAUCAAUGGCAAGAGUUCGCUAGCCAGAAUCCUGACUGUCUUGAGUAUCUCGCUGCCAGCUCAGGCACAGGCUCUUCUGACUUUGAGCAGCUGGAACAGAUCCUGGAAACUAUUCCUGAGGUGAAAUAUAUAUGCCUGGAUGUAGCAAAUGGUUACUCUGAACACUUUGUUGAAUUUGUAAAGAAUGUCCGGAAGCGCUUCCCCCAACACACUAUCAUGGCUGGGAAUGUGGUAACAGGAGAGAUGGUGGAAGAGCUGAUUCUUUCUGGAGCUGACAUCAUCAAGGUGGGAAUUGGGCCAGGCUCUGUGUGUACAACCCGGAAGAAAACUGGAGUGGGAUACCCACAGCUCAGUGCCGUGAUGGAGUGUGCUGAUGCUGCUCAUGGCCUCAAAGGCCACAUCAUUUCAGAUGGAGGCUGUAGCUGUCCUGGUGAUGUGGCCAAAGCUUUUGGGGCAGGGGCUGAUUUUGUGAUGCUGGGUGGCAUGCUGGCUGGACACAGUGAGUCAGGCGGUGAGCUCAUUGAAAGGGAUGGCAAGAAGUACAAGCUUUUCUAUGGAAUGAGUUCUGAAAUGGCCAUGAAGAAGUAUGCUGGUGGUGUGGCUGAGUACAGGGCUUCAGAGGGAAAGAUUGUGGAAGUUCCUUUUAAAGGGGAUGUAGAAAAUACCAUCCGUGAUAUCCUAGGCGGAAUCCGGUCUACAUGUACUUAUGUGGGAGCAGCCAAGUUGAAAGAGUUGAGCCGGAGAACUACCUUCAUCCGAGUCACCCAGCAAAUGAAUCCCAUCUUUGGUGAUACAAGCUAGAUCUGAGCAGCUCUGCCCACUGCAGGAUUGGCACUCCACUGCAGGGCAACCCAACUGGUUUGUUGCUGUUCCCAGCUACUCUGUUCAACGUAUGACUUUGUGACAUCACCUCACUCUUGAGGGCUCCUGCAGUAACUAGUUCUUUUAUCUGCACACAAAAUGCCAAGGGUACUACUCACUGGGGCAGAAGCUAGGAAGAGGACAGAAUGAGGAAAUGAGGAACUUUGAAGUCUUAAUCACCUGGAAGCAGUAAAAAAAAAAAAAAAUGACCAGUAUUCUAUUUACAUGGGAACCUGGGGAUCCAGAAUCCUGAAGAUUAAAAG